AUGGGUAGACAGAAAGGCAUCAGGGGUACCAGACGCAACGAGCCACCUCUAAUCUGCAACUUCUGCUGGCGGGGCUUUACGAGAAGAGAGCACCUUACCAGGCACCUCCGUGUUCAUACUCAAGAGAGGCCGUUCACCUGCGAUACCUGUGGGAAGGAGUUUUCUCGCAUGGACAUUCUGAAUCGUCACACUAAAGUCCAUGAUCAGCAGCGCCCGGAGAUGAUAAUAAACCGCACGCAGAGGCGCGCGGCCUGUCUGCAAUGCGCGACCAGUCGGGAGACGCGAACAAGAUCCCUGGAGCCAAUAGCUAUACUCGGCGACAACGCAGAUUGGGCCCAAGACUCUCUUUUGAGCGACACGCGCGUCUAUGACGCCCGGGCUGGAAAUUCGCUUGACUCGGAAAUCCCUUACGAGCCGGGGAUGGAUGGGGUCCCUCCGAGGGAUGAAUUGGCUUCCCGCUCCUUGUCGGCUAUCAACUGGCUUUCACCGGACGAGACAAUCCUCCAGGAAUGGGCCAGUCAACUAGCUGGCAUCCCAGAUGGUGGUAUAUUUCCGACAGGUCUCGCCCUCCCGGAUGUUCCCCCCCUACCCCAGCUCCUCAGUACGCAGCCUACCGUGGAGUGGGCUCCCGCCAGCCAGUCAGCCACCGAUCAUGCCCAGAUGGAAACCCCAGCCGAGAUGAUGAGUUGCCCCGAGCGUGCAGCGACGGAGUCAUCAGGAAAACCAAUGGACGAACAAUCGUCACAGAGUUCCCGAACUACAAGUGGCAAAUACUAUGUCCACGGCAUCGCCUGGCGAGCUCCAUUUCAAACCAGAUUUCGAAAGGGGCAAGCCAUGAGUCCUGUGGAUAGAGGCAGCGUGACAACGUCGGCUCCCUCGAGCGUAUCGAUCGGAUCUGUGGCCAACCUAGACGGAACUACGUCAUCGUUGAGCAAAUGGUUGGCCGAAGAUGUCUAUGCCAGAAUUGUCCGAGGCGUGGAAGAGGAGACUCAGGCAUCAUCAUGUCUUCCCUCGCUGCCGGCCAUUCGGCUCUGUGUCCAUCUCUACUUUGAGCGUCUGCAUCCUAACUUCCCUUUUCUUAGUCAAACAGCCUUCGUAUCCGAGAAGCCGCAUUGGAUACUGUCGCUGGCAGUGGCCGGAGUAGGAGCUGUAUAUUUGCGCUCAUCACAAGGCUCACAAUGGAAAGACACUCUGAUGCAAGCAGUAGAAUGCAUUCUAGCACGUCGAUUACAUCAAGUCCAACGUCAGGUGAAUACCACACCCUCAGCAACUAACGCCUUCGAAACGGCGAACCAAGUCGAGGAUGUUCUACCCCUGGUCCAGGCCAAGGUUUUGCAUUUGUUGUGUAUGCUGCAUAGCAGCAUGUCGUAUAUUUCCCAGCGUGCAGUAUUUGAGCGGGCCGACUUGGUACAGUGGUGCUCGUUUCUAAACCUAAUCCCCGAUUCUGUAGGUGUCUCUGGAUUGAGUACCCGCCGCAAGGACAUCCAUCAGUGGAUAACGGAGCAAUCGUCACUGAGAACCGGAAUGAUGAUAUGGCUAUUGGAUUCCAUGAUGGCCUAUGAGUUGAACUGCAAUCACCUUAUGAAACUGGGAGACCUCAGAGGCUUGCUGCCCUGCCAUGAGACGGCUUGGGAGCGUCCGUCCCUUGAAAAUAUAGCUUUUGCUGAAAGCUUCUCCGUCUCUCUUCUGGAGGCCCUCGAUCUGAUUUACAUCGAAAAACGCCUUCCUCCCCAGCUCAGCCAGUUCAGCCAGACUCUGCUCAUCCACGCUAUCUACCAACGGACUACAGAGAUUGCCGAUCAGAGCCGCAUGCGAUUGUCGUCAUGGAGCCCCACAGACAGCGUGCAAAUAACUACAUCAGGGCCAGCUUCAGCUCAAGCAAUGUGGCCUCCAUCAAGUAGCCUCUUCGUGAAGUGGCGCAACGCUGCCUGUGACUCACUUGACGUCCUGCACUGUACGGCGAAUAGUCGUGCUGCCGAAUCAUGCUGGGAAGAGCCCACCAUCUUGUACCUGCAUCUCGCUAGACUGAUCCUUCUGUCUCCGUUUGUGCACUUUCAAACGCUGGCACAAGACCCUCUGCUGCCCGCACAGGGCGGGCUUUCUGCCCAUACGUCUCACCAGGAAAGAUUUGAGCACGCUCGUAGUCAGGUAUUUCAAUGGGCAAUUCAAGAUCAGUUCAAGGCCCGGCUGGCAGUCAUCCACGCCGGGGCUCUGCUAUGGCAUGUGCGUCGAUUCAGCACUGAUAACGUCAUCGAACCGUUCUCUGUCUAUAUCGCGACCCUCCUUCUUUGGGCAUACAGUCUUUCCGCGCAAUCCGUCAGAGUACAAAGCAAUACGAGUCACCAGAGCGGAACUGGUAACCAUCUGCCUUCGUUGGAUCAACUCCCCGAUGAUCAGGCACUGGCAGAUGAAGACGAUGCAGCAACGGAUCAAUCCGAUGCAGAGCCACGUUUGAUAUAUCUCGAUCGGCCUCUGGAUGAUGAGCUUGUGCAGAUGUACAUACGCGUUGGAAACAAGGUGUCCGCUCAGCUUAAAGGUGUUGGGGAUAUUACUAGUGAUGGCGCACCAGUGAAAAUCCUCCGACAAGGGUUUUACUUGCUUGCAGGGAAGAGGUACGUUAGGAGGGACAGCCCAAAUAGCACGACCGGGGAGAGAAUCGUUCAUACCUGGGGUAUACAGCGGUUGUACGCGGCAACAAUAAGGUGUUUAAUUGAAGCGAGCUGA